AUGGCUGACCAAGUUGCCGACAAGCUCCAAGCCGACCAACAGAAGGCACUUCAUUUUGUAGCUAGUAACCAGAUGUUCCCAGGAUAUUACUACCCGAUGUUUCUAAGUGGCGAACCGAUUCCAAUGUUUCCGAUGGAGAAGGAGCAUGUCACGGAGCCAGGACCGUCUGGGAGUCAGGUGGUGUCGGAUGGUCCGGAGGACUGGGAUUCUGAAGAAGACGAUUCCGACGAUUCAGAUGACCUUAAUGAUGUGAUUUCCGAAUCCGAUCCAGAAGAAGAGGCGGAUAGCUUUGAGGAAGCCGAGCGGGAGGAAGCUGAACCGAUUCAUAACGUAGGAUUUGUUCCAUAUGAAAUGAGUAUUCAGGAAAGAUUGAAAAGAUUCUACGAUAUGUAUGGCAAGAACAAGGAAGAAGAUAAGAGACCUUCCCCACCAGCACCAGACAUGUCAUCGAUUCACAACAAUCUCCAAACCCUCACUGACCUACUCAACGGAUUCAAGCAACAACACUCCGAGGACCUCCAGAAUCUUACGGCCAAGGUGCUCCAGAAGCAAAAUGACACCUUGAUCCAUCAGAAAUAUUGGAGCCUUGUGGAGACAAACGACUUGGCUAUGGCGAAGAUUCGGGAGCUCGAGUUGAGAGUCAACGAUCGGGAUCUGGAGAUUCUGGAGAACAAUCAGAAGAUGCAGAAGAUGGAGGAGGAGAUGAAAAAGAAGGAUGAAGUGAUUCGGAAACAAGAGGAGAAAAUUGAAGAGUUGAAGAGCGAGUUCUUUGAGAUGGACAUUGCAAAUCAGGAGUUUCAGCAGGAAUCGGAGAAGAUGACUGAGAAAUUGGUUGAGAAGAAUCAAGAGAUCCAAUUCUUAAAAGAUGUCGAUCAGAAACUUCAGGUCCAGAUUCAGAAGACACAACUGUUACAGUCAAUGUACGAAGAAUUGGCAGAGACAAAGAAAUCGUUGUCAAGACAAUUUGCACAAAGUCAGGAGCUCCAAAAAGAGCACAAUGAGCACUUGGAAGACUACAAAUCCCAAUUGAGCCUGGAGACUCAAGCACUCCUGAAAACCGAAAAGAAUUACCAGGCGGCGCAGAGAAUUGUGACGCAACAAAAGAAGAAAAUCGAGAAGUUGAAUCAAAAAAUUGGUUGUUUGGAGCAAGAAGUUCAGCAUUUUAAGGACUACGCGGACUCACGGGAUCGACGGAUCGAGGAGUUGAAUCAGGAAAUUGUGCAAAUUAUGACGGAACAAGAGGAACUGGAUGAUCGAUGGGGAUAUGAGUAUGAUCCACAGACUGGAAAUCGAUGGGGUUAUCUGUGGGAUCAAUAA